CCAACUAUUAAUUUGAAAUAUACAGUGGGCUCUCCCUUUUGUCUCCUCGAAAUGUCAUUUUCAUCGAUAUCACUGAAAUGUCAAUCUAAUUCUUCAUAUUUUUUCGAAAAUAUUUCACGCAGCCAAAAGUGAUGAUUCUUCGAAGAAAAUGAAUUCUAAUACGAAAAGCGACGAAAAAUAUCCACUGCUAUAUUUAAUUGUAGACAAAGAUGAUGGAGGAUCCAAAAACAAUAAAAAAUUUUUCGACAGAAGAUCUGGGAUUACAGUGGGAGCUUCUAAUAUACUGGAACAAUGGCCAGGAUACCUCAGUACCUGCUGGGUUUCAUCUCUGGUAUUCAUCCUGGCCAUCCUGUCGAUGUUCGUCUUACUCAUGACCGCACUAUCCACGUACAAGUUCCACCGCAUACCAAGAUGUAUCAUCGGCGACAACCCAAUGUUAGACAACAGCACCAUCCACCUGGUGCACGGAUCUGAUCCGUGGAACCAACAGCAGCUGGACAUGGUGGAGAAGAUCAUCCAGGUCUUCCCCAACCAUAGGAUCCAUCUGAUAAUGAUCAAGAGACAGACGUUCCCGACCGUGUUCGAGGAGGUGGAGGCCACCACCAAGAUCGAGAGACCUAGCCCAGUCCCCCCAUCUACCGUGGUCACAGCGUCGAGCAGGAAGCUGCUGAGGCUCCUCGACGACCCGCUGGACAAGACCAGCAGCCUCUUUGGUAAGGAUGACAUGGCUAGUGACUUGACCAGCGAUUCUCUUUUCGGCUGGCCAUUUUUUGACCCAAGAGACUUCAUCAACACGUUCCUGAAACGAUCGAUACGAAGGCCGAUGAAGAGCAGGUCGACCACCGUUAGACCGACCAGGGUGACCAACAUAGCGGCGCUGCUUCUUAGGUACCCUUCGAUUUUCGUCGAGACCUUCACCUUCGAAGGAGUGUUUGAGAAAUCACCCUUAUUUUUGACAUGGCACCAUUUGAACGACGAAACUAAGAUAUUCGCCAUCAGGGUGCUGCAGUUGUGGCAGUAUGGCGGCCUCUCCUUCGAUUUGGUGCGGACCAAGAACAUGUCCGAGGUCUAUUCCCCCACCACGGAGAAUUUCCUGGUUACCACUGACCGUGUCAGGACCAAACUUGUGAAUGGCACCGCUUUGAAAGAGGCCAAAAAGGAGAUGCAAGAAAAAGACAACGACGAUUCCAACACUUAUGUAGAUUCGUUGCUCUACCUCGGAUAUUCCAAUUUUCAAAUGAUACCUGGUGGCAUCGUUACUUUAGCUGAGAAUGGAUGUCAUAUGGAGACAAAGUCGGCUUGCCAUUCAUUCUUCGGAGAAAUAUUGCUCAAUUUGAAGUACGCAAGUAGACUGACCACCCCUGAAGAUGUCAUAAAGGGAGCGUUGAAAUUUUUUUUAAACCCUCCCCAUAAAAGUUAUAGGAAACCAUGAGGAUGUAUAAGUAGUAGUAGAUGUGGGGUGAUUUUCUAUGUUUUCAACAUAUGUAUAAUAUAUUUACUUAUUUA